CCGGGCAGCACAAACGCCAGAAGUUGGCCUUUUGGCAGCCUGAUUGCUUGCAAAUAUGCGUGCGCCGGGCAUCGUGCGCGUCCUGCGUGACGUGUCCGACUUUCUGGGCUCUUCCGCGCACGCCCGCGACGGUCCGGUCGCAGUGACCCCGGAGGACUACCUCGCGGCCUCGGGUGAGGUUAUCGCCUUGGCUAUGGCCAUGUCAUGGAUCAUGGCCGCGAUCUGGAGACGCGACGCGAUCAGGGACAACCCGCUGCUCGACCGCUUGGGCUAUAACAACGUCUGCGUGGCCUGGGACGUGCCGCCCGCGCUGUACCCGGCGGCCUUCGUCAUGCAGUUCGCCAUUUACUGCGGUGUGCGCUACUGCGUGCUCGACUACGUCCGCGGCGCGGUCACGCCGGGCCUGUCCCGGCGCAAGGUGCGGAUAAUCAAAUUCUGCAACACCCUCUACGCCGUGAGCAUUAUGGCGGUGUCGCUGCUCUUCGUGGUGACGCCCAAGGUCAGUCCCAGCGUGCACACCACGUUCUUCGUUCAGCUGAUCAUCUGCCGGUUCGUCGUCGUCGCGGGCAACUUCGUCGAGGUCGAGCGCAUCCCACGCGAGAAGUGGGUCUUCCUUGGCGUGUACGGGCUGGUCUCGUUACUGCUUCCCGCAUGCCUCUUCAUCAACUUCGUCACGUACGACUCGAAGAACAAAAAGAAGCCGACCGUUCCCAUGGCGCUCGGCAUGAUCUUUGACUACUCUUGGUUUGCAUGCCUCGCGGUCACGGGCCGUUUUCUACCCGAACAGACGCCGCUGCAAAUUACGUAUCAAUUGCAGCCCGGAACCGCGGGCGGCGUGGCAGAAAAACCUUCAGAGCGAGUGGCCCCUGCGCCCUAGCCCUGAAGGCUCGUACUAAGGUGUGG